CCAAGGUGGGCGGCUGUGACUAUGAGGGAGCUCCGAGCCCACGUGUCUUCAUGUUGAAGGUUGUGUCUGUCUUGUUCCUGGUUGCAGCAUCUGCUUGCCCUUCCCCUGCAGUGGGCCUCAGCCCAGGAAGUAGUGCUGAAGAAAGUCACCUGCCAAGGUUGAACUGGAGCACUCGGCUUCCUCUAUGGCUCCAGCCUCAGCGCCUGGGACUUCGAACGAAAGGCCCAAACUUCAUGUUGGAGGACUCCACCUUUCAGAUUUUUGGGGGAUCAGUACACUAUUUCCGUGUGCCCAAGGAAUACUGGAGGGACCGCCUGCUCAAAAUGAAAGCCUGUGGCUUGAAUACUCUUACCACCUAUGUGCCGUGGAACCUCCAUGAGCCAGAAAGAGGCAAAUUCGACUUCUCUGGAAACCUGGACCUGGUGGCCUUUAUCCAGCAGGCUGCGAAGAUUGGGCUGUGGGUGAUUCUGCGACCAGGACCCUACAUCUGCAGUGAGAUUGAUCUUGGGGGCUUGCCCAGCUGGCUCCUUCAAGACCCCAACAUGAAGCUGAGAACAACUUAUCAUGGCUUCACUAAAGCAGUGGACCUUUACUUUGACCACCUGAUGUCCAAGGUGGUGCCACUCCAGUAUAAGCAUGGGGGGCCCAUCAUUGCUGUGCAAGUGGAGAAUGAAUAUGGUUCCUAUAACAAAGACCGUGCAUACAUGCCUUACAUCAAGAAGGCCUUGGAAGAUCGUGGUAUUAUAGAGAUGCUCCUGACCUCAGACAACAAAGAUGGCCUACAAAACGGAGUGGUCAGUGGAGUGCUGGCCACCAUUAAUUUACAGUCCCAACAGGAGCUGAAGGCACUCAACAGUAUUCUCUUAUCUAUACAGGGGAUUCAACCGAAGAUGGUGAUGGAGUACUGGACUGGGUGGUUUGACUCAUGGGGUGGCCCCCACAAUAUCUUGGAUUCCUCUGAGGUCUUUCAAACAGUGUCUGCUAUCAUCAAAGCUGGCUCCUCCAUCAACUUAUACAUGUUCCACGGAGGCACAAAUUUUGGCUUCAUAAACGGAGCCAUGCAUUUUAAUGACUACAAGGCUGAUGUCACCAGCUAUGACUAUGAUGCUGUAUUGACAGAGGCUGGAGAUUAUACUGCCAAAUACACCAAGCUUCGAGACCUCUUUGGAACCUUCUCAGGUAUCCCUCUGCCUCCUCCACCUGAGCUUACUCUUAAGAUGACCUAUGAGCCAAUGAGGCCAUCUUUCUACAUAUCACUGUGGGAUGCUCUCCUGUACUUGGAAGAACCAAUCGAGUCUGAGCUUCCCAUCAACAUGGAGAACCUGCCAGUAAACAACGGUAAUGGGCAGGCCUUUGGGUACAUUCUUUACGAGACUACCAUCUUUUCAUCUGGAGUUCUCAGUGGCAAUGUGCGCGACAGGGGACAGGUCUUUUUGAACAGAAUAUUCAUAGGAUUCUUGGACUAUAAAACAACAGCGAUUACUAUCCCCUUGACCCAGGGCUACACCACACUGAGGAUCUUGGUGGAAAAUCGUGGGCGAGUCAACUAUGGGAAUAAUAUUGACACUCAGCGCAAAGGUUUAAUUGGAAAUCUCUAUCUGGACAAUGAUCCCCUGAAAAAGUUCAGAAUCUACAGCCUGGAUAUGACAAAGCAGUUCUUUCAGAGGCUCGAUGUGGAUAAGUGGAGUUUCAUCCCUAAAGAACCCACCUUUCCUGCUUUCUUCCUGGGUGCCUUGUCAGUUGGCAUUUACCCUUCAGACACAUUUCUGAAGCUAGAGGGCUGGACGAAGGGGGUUGUAUUUGUCAAUGAUCACAAUCUUGGACGCUACUGGAACAUAGGACCUCAGGAAACUCUCUACCUCCCAGGUGUCUGGCUGGACAAAGGACUCAACAAGGUCAUCAUUUUCGAGGAGACAAUGGCAGGCUCCGUGGUACAGUCUACUGAUACCCCGUACUUGGGCAGGAACCAGUAUGUUAACUGAACAGCAGUCCCAGCCU